AUGGCAGCAUCACAUAACAGCAGCCCGCCUGCAUCGGUAUACGACAUGAGCGACGACGAAGAGAGCGACUACAACAGCGUGCGCCGCCGGUCGUCGGCCUCGCGCGGCGUCAAGCUGCUCUACGCAAAGAGCAAGGUCUUUGUCCACCCCUCGCCCUCGUCCAAGGACAACAUCGAUGGCUUCUGCGCCCUGUACGAGCAAAAGUCUCCUUCCGCCUCUUCGGCCGCUUCGUCUUCCUCGUCCACCCAAAUCCCAUCAUCGUCGCUCAUCCUGGGAUGGACCCCCGUCGCCUCCCUCCAGAGCCAGGGCCAGUUCGACACUUACAACAAGGUCGACCUGGACGACAAGGACCAGCCCACGAGAAAUCUCGUUCCUCCUCCGCCCAUCACUUCCGCCCACUCGGCUACCCCAGGCCCAUACCCCUUUGCUGUCCAAGCCAGCGAAAUCUACUCGAUCCAGAUCCGCCCGCCGAGUGCCGGCUGGUGGUUUGGCAGUCUCGUCAUCAAUACUCGCUCAGGCGACAGCUUUCCCGCGCUCUUCUUCCAUGACAGCGAAUGCCAGUCCACCAUAAACCACCGCAAGAAGCUCGCCCGCGAGAACUUUGAUCCCUUUGGCGAAAGCGGCAACUUGUUCUGGGGCGGUGAUCAGGUCUUGGGAUGGCUCAAGAGACACCUCAAUGUCGAGCGCUCNCCCGAGCCCAACAUCUUCCUGAUCGAGCCCUCAGACGCCGAUCGUACUGGCUUUGGCACGAACAAGUCUGGCAAGCCCUCUCCCGACAAGGUUCAGCAAGCUUUAGAAGGCCCCAAUGCACAACCCCAGAAGAAGAAAAAGGAGGAUCCCGUUGCAAAGUUUUUGAAAGACUCUCGCUGGGCUGUCCUGGAGAAGCUCAGUCAGGUCACCACUUUCACCCGCCGUACUGCUCAGGCUGCUGCUGAUAACCCCAAAUUGCCUCCCCAGCUGCGUCGCAUCAUGCAGAACCCCCAAGUUCAGACGGUCCAAGAAGAAUUUGACAGUGCCCGUCUGUAUCUUGCGAGAUGGGCAAUGACCAUUGCCGAACAGAGCGAGCGUGAUAGAAGCCAACGCAUCUACACGGCCAAGGACUUGCUGGAGAAUGAAGACACCGAGCUGGGCGAGUUUGAGAUUCUGGACGUCGACAUGAGGCACCUCGAGCUCAACGAAAAGAGAGACCCCGUCACCAUCAAGGAGUGGAACGCCUUCUUCGAUUCCCAUGGCAGGCUUCAAGUCACUCCCGACGAGGUCAAGGAGCGUGUCUUCCACGGCGGUCUACAUCCAGACGAUGGCGUCAGAAAGGAAGCUUGGCUUUUCCUCUUGGGUGUCCAUGACUGGAACAGUACCAGGGAUGAACGCAAGGCCAAGAUCAACAGCCUCAAUGACGAAUACAUCCGUCUCAAGGGUGCCUGGUGGGAUCGCAUGAUGGAUGAAGACGGCACCCUCGAAGAGCGCGAGUGGUGGAAAGAGCAAAAGAUGCGUAUAGAAAAGGAUGUGCACCGAACUGAUCGUAAUAUCCCCCUGUUCGCUGGCGAGGACAUCCCACACCCAGACCCAACCUCUCCAUUCGCUGAGGUUGGCACCAAUGUCCACCUCGAGCAGAUGAAGGACAUGCUGCUCACCUACAACGAAUACAACAAAGACCUGGGCUACGUGCAAGGCAUGAGUGACCUGCUCGCCCCCAUCUACGCAGUCAUGCAAGACGACGCCGUGGCCUUUUGGGGCUUCGUCCACUUUAUGAAUCGCAUGGAGCGAAACUUCCUCCGCGAUCAAAGCGGCAUGCGUCUCCAACUCAGCACCCUCGAUCACCUCGUUCAACUCCUCGACCCUAAGCUUUACCUCCAUCUCCAAUCCGUAGACUCGACAAACUUCUUCUUCUUCUUCCGCAUGCUGCUGGUCUGGUACAAGCGCGAAUUUGCCUGGCUGGACGUGUUGCGGCUCUGGGAAUCCCUCUGGACAGACUAUUACUCUGCAAAUUUCCACUUGUUCAUCGCAGUUGCCAUUCUAGAAAAACACAGGGACGUGAUUAUGGAGCAUUUGCGCGGCUUUGACGAGGUACUCAAGUACGUGAAUGAGUUGAGCAAUACCAUUGAUUUAGGUUCUACAAUGAUCAGGGCAGAAGCACUGUUUCGCCGCUUUCAAAGGACGGUGGAGCAUAUUGACCGCAAAGACCAUUUCCCGACGCCGACGUUGAGGCAGAGGAAACAGAUUUCUGGGGGUGCGUUGGACCAAGGUGCUGCGGCUGUGGGUCAUGAUGGCAAGCAAGCUGCUGCGGCGAGUUCUACAGACGCACAAGGUGCUGGGGGUGCACAGCAAGCGACGACGACUCAAGCGCAAAAGGAGAGGAUCGUUAGUCCUGAGCUGCGAGCUUUGCUCUCGCGAGAGUUUUCUCGGGUUGAGAAACCUGGGAAGUGA